UCUGCUGGGGGCUCCAGAGCUUCACUGCUUCUCCAUGCUACACAGCAGGAAGUGCACAUUCUGCAUUACCAGGAAGUGAUUAUGGGCGCUUGGCUUAUCAGUGGAGUGUCAAGAACUUUAUUUUUGCCACUACACAGUUAAGUGAGAAAUCUCAAUUGGAAACGAUAUAUUACCAAACGUAUAUUUCCAAAUUAGGAGACAAAUCUUGAUUGAGUAAGUUAUUUACCAUCAUGGCAAAAGCACCAGAAGAAUUCAUUUGGGAAUAAAAUUUUGUAGAAACCCGGGACUAACUGACCGCAGAGAACAUGGCUUCUUCUAAGAGCUCGAGGGCGUCCAAUAAAAGGGAUGCUUCCACAGGGGCAGCGGAGGACGAGUACGAGGAGUACUCCACACCCAGUGGAUAUGAGCUGGAGAAGCUUCUCUGCCGAGGUAGCGUGGCCUACACACGCGUCAACGAGGUCUGGCCCAACGUCUAUAUCGGUGACGAGAUGACUGCGAGGAAGCGCUUUCAGCUGCAGAACAUGGGCAUUACCCACGUGCUAAACGCAGCCGAGGGAACAGGGAACCACGUGGACACAGGCCCUGCCUACUACGAGGACACCAACAUCCAGUACUACGGCAUUGAGGCGGACGACAUUGCGACCUUUGACCUCAGCCCGUUCUUCUACCCGGCUGCGGAAUUCAUCCACAAAGUCCUCAGCACACCGGAGCACAAGCUUCUAGUGCACUGUGUCAUGGGCAGGAGUCGAUCUGCAACCAUCUUCCUGGCCUACCUGAUGAUCUACCACAACAUGACCCUGGUGGAGGCGAUCGAACAAGUAAAGCGUCGCAGACGCAUCAUACCGAACUGGGGAUUCUUAAAACAGCUCCGACAGCUGGACAUAAAGCUCCAAGAGCAGAAGCAGGGCUCCCACAACGAAGACAAUGGAAACAGACAAAAAUGCUAAAAAGAAGAGGGCACAUUUUGGCACAUCGCUCUGGAUAAGAGCAAACAUUUUACAGCAAGCGGAUAUAAUCAUUAUUGACGAUUUUUGCAUUGCUUGAACUAAUUCCUAAUUUUACAGACAGGUAGCUACUGUAAAUCAUAAUGAUGUAGAUGAUCAAGGUAAGGCAAGACCUUUCGAAUAAAAGCAAAGUUUUGUAAUGCAAAGUCUUUAAAUUUGCGCUGUCGAUUUGCCAAAUUUGCAGAAUACUGAAAGGGUUUUGGAUUCCAGUUUAAGUCACAGGAAUGACAUAUGUUCCUGUUCCUGGAGAUCUACCAUCCUGUAGGUUUUCACUACAACCCUAACAAAGCACACCUCAUUCAACAGCAAGAGACCUCCUUGAGCUGUUGGAUUAGUAGAAUCAGAUUGAAAGUUAAAGGGUUGAAAGUAAAACCUAGGAACUGGUGUAUUGGGAACAUUAAUAAAGAAUACAGUGCAUCUACUGUAUCUGGUCAACAGCCCCAGUGCCUACUCAGAUUACACAUGGCAACAGCUAACUUACCAGCAACCAAUAACAUACAUAACAAUGCAAAGCCCUCUCAAAAUAUAGCAAACAAAUAUCCAGCUCUGUGCAGGACAACUAUUUAACCUGCCGUCAACAGCAACCACAAGGACAAGCAUUAGUGACCACACAGGCAUACAGUAAUUAAAAACUCACCAAAUGUGGGUCAGCACCCUAUUAUUAGCCUGUGGAUUUACGGCUAUAAAGUGUGCGUAAAGACCACAGCCUGCUAGUCAGACCCUCUGUUGCUUCGAUGCCAAAUUAUUUACUGUGUCAGAAGAAAGUCACGUGUAAACUGAAGACUUCACGCAUGACCGGCAAUAAUGCCAGCAAGCCAGUUAGUGCGGCUGAGUGCUAUAGAGCCUCUACUUUCAAAUAAUCUGUUCUUCAUACCUCAUUUCAGGGGUUUGUGUUUUCUUAAUACAUAAUGAGCCGGUUUCAUGGACUUAGAUUAGGCUAAAUCAUGGACUAAAUUGAGUUUUGGAGAAUCUACAUUAAAAUUUGUAUUCAGUCUAGGAUUAAGCCAGGGGUGCACAACUCUGGUCCUAGAGGGCCGAUCUACGUGCUGGUUUUUGUUCCAACCAGUUUUAGUAUAAUUUUAGUUAAACACAUAUCAGAUUCAGACAUGACUGAGCUAAUUACAUAAUUAAGAGCAAAAGUUGCCACAAAAUCCUGAA